CGCACCACCCCUCGUGGCACCCAGAAAAAUCAUCGCCAUUGCAACUUUGGAAGCCCCGCGCACGCAAAGCCCUAGCUAGGUAGCAAACUCAGCGAGAGAAGGAUAGUGUCGAUGGCGGAGGAGGAUCAGACGGUGGUGGUACGGUGCGCGGACCUCGUCCGGGUCGAGCUGCCGGCGUCGCUGGCGCAGCGGGCGGGACGCGUCGCGGCGGCGCUCGAAGAAGGGGAGCGCGUGGUGGAGCUGCCGCGAGGGGUCUCCGGCAAGGGCCUGGCGACGGCGGCGGCGUACUACGAGGCCCGCGCGGAGGCGGAGGCGUGCGGCGUGGACGGCGGCGAGUUCGACGGCGAGUUCGUGCGCGGGCUGACGCACGACGCGGCCAUCGACCUCAUCCACGCCGCCCACCACCUUGGCGACCAGGCGCUCUUCAACCUCUUUGUGGGCUACAGGGCUAAUUACUUCUAAAGCUUAUAUAAUUAGUUUAUGUUUCUAGCGGGGAAUUAGUUUAUGUUGAUCCGCUGAAUUUAACUUGUAUUGAUGCUACCUUGAUUAAUCAUUAUGCGAUAUAUGUGUGCCUGGAA